AUGCGUCUCCCUGUAAAUGUUGCAAAAAGUUUCCUUGGUCACAAAAUGCACAGAAGGCAACACAAAUCUUCACAAAAAUGCCUAUUUGAGAUUUGCUGCCUUGUACUUUCUUCCACACAACAUCCGUAUUUCUUCAGAAAGCAGACAUUAUCUAUGACUAUCUGGAAGAUACCUAUCAAAAAAAACUAUCUGGAAGAUAUCAAUGAGAAACCAGAGUCACGGAUGUUUUGGCCUUGCCAGAUAUGGAAAGAUUGCGUAAAGGAUAUUUCUGCUGUGCAGGAUCCUGUCAUCUUCCGCGGUUGCGCAGUAGUACAGUUCAUAGUAAUUGGGGCAUUAGCUGUGUGCUACAACAACAUUCAAGUCUUUAGAGGUGUCGAGACAUUGGCACAUGGUCUUACUACUAAAGUUGUCGAUGGAACCAAAACAAUCUCAGAUUUCUAUCGUACUUUUUACGAUUUCACUUGCAUGCUGAAAUCUAAGAUUGAUGACAAUGAUCCCAAUGCUACAAAAACGAAGGACAGAGUAGAAGCAAUCUUGAAAACUUUGCAGGGUUGCCAGAACAUUUUAACGGGAGGCAGGCCGGCCCUGAGGAGAGGCCGAUAA